UUUAGUGAUCAGAGCCAAUAGAAACCCCAGACAGCGAUAAUAUCCACAUGUUGGUGACUGAGAAGGGCCAGAAGUAAGAGACGAGACGCGUCGGGCAGAGCGCAGACACUGGGACGUCGGGCAGAGCGCAGACACUGGGACGUCGGGCAGAGCGCAGACACUGGGACGUCGGGCCCAGCUUGCAUGGGCGUCAGAGCCAUAGCCAGCAACAGGACAGCGUGUGCCGGCCAGCAGCCUCGCACACCCCCGCCGGAGCACAGCAUCCGGCGCUCACCUGCGCCGCAGAACCCCGGACGGCAGGAUGUACAGGAGUCUCGUGUUGUCGGUGCUGCUUCUCGGAAUCCUGGGCUCUGCCGUGGAAUCCAGAAAGAACAGACCACAGGGCUCCAUCCCCUCACCCUACAAGGGCGGCAGCAACACGUCAGUCCAGCGUGGGCGCAAGCAGGAGGUGCUGGCAUCCAGCCAGGAGGCCCUGGUGGUGACAGAACGGAAGUACCUGAGGAGGGACUGGUGCAAGACCCAGCCGCUUCGGCAGACCGUGGCCGAGGAGGGCUGCCGCAGCCGGACGGUCAUCAACCGCUUCUGCUAUGGCCAGUGCAACUCCUUCUACAUCCCGCGGCACAUCAGGAAGGAGCAGGAAGCUUUCCAGUCCUGCGCCUUCUGCCGACCGCACAAGUUCACCACGCUGACGGUGGAGCUGGACUGCCCCGACCUGCAGCCUCCAUUCCGGCACCGGAAAAUCCAGAGGGUCAAACAGUGCCGGUGCAUCUCGGUCCACGUGGCGGAGUCUGGCAAGCAGUGAUGCCUGGAGACCCGGACGAAGGGCCUGCGCAGACGGGUUUGCGUAUUUCUUCGUAAAGGAGAGAUUUUACCAGGUGUAGUUAUGCAAAGGGGACACGCCUCAAAAAAAAAAAACAAAAAAAAAACAAAUUCAAGCUUCAGGUGCCUUGGUACACCAGUACCUUAGAAUCAGUAGCUAGUCCACAAAUGCCAAGAUUAGUACUCCUUUCAUUUGGGGGGGAGGACAGACAAACCUAACUAUAUAUAGAUAUAUAAAAAUAUAUAUAUUUAUCACAUUUCAUGGUUUGUAAAUACCUCAAAUCACUUGGGGCAAGGGUAUGCAGAACCUGAACUGGCCGACUGAAGUAUCAAGUAGCUAAAUGCAAACUGAGGUCUGUCGCUGAGAGCUGCAGACAGCAGCCCUACGUGGAUGCAGCAGCUGAGGAACUGGCUUCAGUACAGAUGGGGGGGGGGGGGGGAGUGGCAGAGACGCCAUGGAAACCGAGUGCCAAACUGAUAGCGAACGCCUAAUGAGCCCAGCGGUGAUAAGAGCAGGUGCCUUGGUCCUGGCUGAACGGACUCCUCAAAUGACCUGGAACAAUGCGGACACUGCAU